AGACACACUCAUCUGCCAAUGACAGUUUGGCUUCCUGUAGUUUUACACUCUAACUGCUACAGAAGCUUUAAAGAGCUUGUUCUUGAUACUCUAACUGCAGAACGCUGUUCCUUGAAGGGGUGGAUGUCCAGACUGGAUGAACAGGGGAAGUGGAGGAAACACUGGUUUGUUCUGGGUCAUACUUCGCUGAGGUUCUACAGAGACUUGGAGGCUGAGGAGUUGGAUGAUCUGGAUGGAGAGAUCGACUUGACUUCCUGUGUGAACGCGUCCGAUUGUGACGUACAGAACAACUACGGACUCCAAAUACAAACAAAGAGAGCAGUGUUCACUCUCUCUGCUGUGACCUCCAGAAUACGGCGGAACUGGGUGAAGUUACUAAAGCAGGCUAUCCAGAACAACAAGCACCAAUCAGACACCGGCAGUGAGAAAGAGAACCCCAGCUCCCGGAGACCGUCGUCAUGCCAACCUCUUUCUCGCUUAACCUGCAAGGAACCUGGUUAUGAACCAACCACUUCCACUUCUACCACAGCUGCAAUCUCCCAUCAGGCCGAGUACAACCGCCGCCACCAGAGUGUAGACGGCCAUCUGCACUCAGACUUAUCUCUGGCCAGUCACAGAGGAGAAGGGGAGGGCUGGGACCGCGAGCAGGCGAAGAGAUUGGAGGAGAGGAACAGGUGGUUUGAGGAGGGGGUUCCCUUCAGUGAGAUGGGCUGCAGGUGGGAAUCCAUGGAGCUGAAGAAGGGGAGUGUGCCUGUGCCUGUUAUCGAAACCAUGGACUCAGAGGUCAACAGGAAGUGGGUAGAACUCGAAACGCUAUCAUUUAGGGACAUGAGUCCGCAGUCUCUUAUUGGAGCCCAGGCUUCUCAGUCAAGCCCCCCCCAGGCACCACAGUCUCCAGUUACCACCCAGACUCAUGAGUCGAGCCCUGAGGAGGCCGAACACUCUGUCACCGGUUCACAGGCAGAAUUAAAAAGCUCCAAGGAACCUCCCACUUCUUUAAAUGAUGUCCAAACCAUUCAAACUAAUAGAGCUGAAUCUCUUCAGAAGGAGGCUCUCUCCCUGCAAAAGCAAGUGGAGAGCAUCAAGAAAGAGCGUGCAGCCAUGGGGAUAGAGGUGGACAGCCCCUGUGGCCCUGGGGCCCCCUGUAGGGCCAGACUGGAAGCCAUGGAAAUUGCCCAUCGGAAAGCUCUGCAGGAGCUGCAGGAGAAACACAGGAUGGAGAUGAUGGAGCUGGAGCAGCAGAGAGACAAGAUGCUGCAGGAGGAGAGCGAGGCGGCUGCUAAAGCUAUGGAGGUUCUGAGAGCAGCUCACAGAGAGGAGGUGGAGAAAGCCAGGAGGUCGUCUGCAGGGGCCGCUCACGUGGACACGUCACACAGGGGCCACAUACCCCAGGCAGAAGUCUUCCACAGUGAGUUAGAUGUGCUGUCAGAACAUUACUCUCAAAAGUGCCUGGAGCUGAACCGCACUGAGCUGAGCAACAAGAGCCGAGAGACCGAGCUCGGCCACAAGGAGAGAGAGCUGGAGCAGCUUCGCAGAGAGAACCAGGAACUUAAGGCCAAACUAGCAGAGGAGAUCAGCCGCAUGCGUUACUUCAUCACAGGGCAGAGGUCAGACACGGUGUCUCUUGGCAGCGCUGAGCGCACUGCGUCAGAUGUGGAGAUGCUGCUGAGAGCAAAAGAAAACGAGGUGCAGUAUCUUAAGAAAGAAAUCAGCUGUCUGCAGAAUGAAGUGCAGUCUCUCAGCAAGGAAAAAGGAGCAGCUUAUGAGCAUUAUAAGGAGGCCUACGUAGAGCUGAGUGACACGAGGGGUCGCAGCCAGCUGGAGAUGGGCUCGCUCAACGAACACUUGAGACUGGCCAACGCUGCACUUCAGGAAGGAGCAAGACAGACCUGACCAAUGAGGACAGAUGUUUUUACUUUAUCUGGAAAAAUCCAAGCAAACGAAUCUAACGACAUCUUUAAAUCACAAUAAUGUGUGUUAUGAGUGGAUCUGGCUUAAAAGAGUCAGAAUAAGAAUUGUGGCAAAAAAAAAACUCUGAACCUGCAAUACCAUGCGUAAGACUGUAAAGAUUAAACAAGUGUUUUCCACAUGU